GAGAGAGAGCGUGGACUUUGGAAUCAUUGAUCCUAUUCUAGCUCCAGACUAAUUUCCCAGUAAGAUUCUUCAGAGUAAGAAUAUGGCAUCUAUUGCAAGCCUUCUCAUUAUUUUUCUCCUGGGCUAUUUCUGCAAGGCGGAAAGAGCAGUGUUCCUGACUGAUAAAUCUGCAAGCAAUGUUCUGGUGAGACAAAAAAGAUAUAAUGCUGGUCGUUUGGAAGAGUUUGUCGCAGGCAAUCUUGAACGAGAAUGUAUAGAGGAAAAGUGCACUUAUGAAGAAGCAAGAGAAGUUUUUGAGAAUGAUGACAAAACUAUGGAAUUUUGGAAGCAGUACAUAGAUGGAGAUCAGUGCAUAUCUGCUCCUUGCUUACACGGGGGCGUAUGUAAGGAUGAUGUGAGCGCCUAUGUGUGCUGGUGUCAACAAGGAUACAGGGGAAAGAACUGUGAACUUGCAUUGCCAAUCACGUGCACCAUUAACAAUGGGGGAUGCCACCAAAUGUGCAAGGAAGAUCCAAGUAGAAAAGUUGUCUGUUCCUGUGCAAGUGGUUACAAGUUAGGAGAAGAUGGCAAGUCAUGCGAGGCAGCAGUACAAUAUCCGUGUGGAAAGGUCACUGCACCAGAAGCUUUACCAAAAGAUGUUACCCGUUCUAUCAUCGAUCUUGAAGAUUAUAACGCCACCUCUGUUACAUACCAUAACUCCACAAAAAAUCUCCAAUCAAAUGGAAGUUCAGAUGACAUUGUGCCUACAAUAGUCGAUCCAAACGUGAGGAUUGUUGGUGGAACAGACAGUCUAAAGGGAGAAUUUCCAUGGCAGGUUCACAUUGUCAAUAACCAUGGUGAAGGCUUCUGUGGUGGAGCCAUUGUGAAUGAAAAAUGGAUAGUAACUGCAGCUCACUGCUUUCUUAUACCUGGUGAAUACAGAGUCGUUGCAGGAGACUAUAACACAGAUGUUCAGGAGGGGACGGAGCAAUAUCUGCCAAUAGCACAAGUUAUCACACAUUCAACCUACAAUGCAAACAAGAGUAAAUACAAUAAUGACAUAGCGCUUGUAAAGCUAGCAGACCCAAUCAAACUGAAUGACUAUGCAAGGCCCAUCUGCAUCGGAAACAGAGAUUUCACUGACAAACUGCUGCAAACUGCAUCGCACAGCUGGGUGACUGGCUGGGGGCAUGUCAGAUUCUUAGGAAGACCAACUAUAAAACUUCAGAAGCUAGCUGUGCCCUUCAUUGACCGAGCCACCUGCAAGAAGUCAAGCAAGUUCUUCGUGUCCACCAACAUGUUCUGUGCUGGAUACUCUGAAGAAGAAAAAGACACAUGUCAGGGGGAUAGCGGAGGGCCACAUUCUUCCGAAUUUAGGAGUGUUUGGUUUCUGACCGGAAUUACCAGCUGGGGUGACAAAUGUGCAGAGAAAGGCAAAUAUGGAGUUUACACCCGAAUGUUCAGAUUCAUUGACUGGAUACUGAGUACUACAAAGGACAUUUAAUCCAGGCUUGGAUUUAUAUAUGAAGAUGUCUUCUCUUUAUUGCUUUAGCACCCAAGGAAAUGUGAUGCUUAUAACCUAAUAUGAUUCAUCUUGCCAUUUUAAUUUUAGCCAGGAUUUAAAUCAUUAAAGAGUUGCUUGGAUUAUAAGCUAAACAUUUAGUUAUAGAUAAUCUCUCUUUAAGACAUUGCUGCAGUAAAGUAUGUGAGAUGAAAACUGCUAGCUCUGUUUGAUGAAAGAAAUUUUAUGGUACAAUCUAAUGUUGUUCUGAGUUGGACCUUAUAUCGGAAAGAGUAAAAGUAUGAAGGGUAAAAGGUAGAGUAAAAGUAACAGUAUUAACAGUUCAGAGUUCAUUCUACCAGAUUCAUCUCCAGUACUAAUUUUCAUUCCAAAGGUAAAAGUAA